AUGGCGCCCGACCCUUCCCAGCCUGAGGGAGAGGAGGAGGUGAACCCCCCGCCGCAGGAGGCCAAAAUGCCGACUCGGAAAGACAUCUCGCUGAAGGAGUUCCUGAGCAAGAUGGACGACUAUGCGCCCAUCAUCCCCGACGCAGUCACAAACUACUACAUGACGCGCGCCGGCCUCCCGCCUCCCCCGCAAACCGACCAGCGCCUCGCCCGGCUGCUUGCCCUCGCCACCCAGAAGUUCGUCGCCGAUAUCGCAGCCGAUGCGUAUCAGUACAGCCGCAUCCGCGCCUCCAACACGAGCGCCAAUAACCCCAUGGGCAACCUCGGCGCCGCGGCCGGUAUCCCGAUCCCUGGACAGACGCAACCCGGUGCCAAGGACCAGGGCCGGGGCGCGCCGCUGGGGAUCCAGCGCGCGGGUUAUGGUGGCGGUGGGCAGGGUGGUAGCCAGAAUCGCACCGUGCUUACGAUGGAAGAUUUGGGCAUGGCGGUUGGGGAGUAUGGCGUUAAUGUGAAGAGGAGCGAGUUUUACAGAUGA